ACAAUAUACUGCAUAUUAUGUGCCUCACUGCAGUGUGAGAGGAUAUCAUACAUAUGUAUUAAAGCAGUAAACUGACUUAUUAUUGUGUUGUUGUAGUUGAUAUCUUUUGUAUUGUGGUGUUUUGAAAUGUGUAGGCCCUCAGACGAAACGGUUCCUGGUGUUGCAACAUUUGAAGUGACCUGCUCACAUCCUGCUCAGCCCGCUUAGCAGUUGAACAUGGUCGCCUCAGCGCAGGGUCACAGAUAGAAGCAGUGGAACAGAGGAGUAGUCGUUUCUUCCAAGGUCUCCAUUGAGAGAGUCAUAGCAAAGCUUCUUUCGGGUAUUUCCAGUGCAGCCAAGAACCUGGAGACAAAAUGGCCGACAAUGUAAAUGCCUUGCCCUUCUUUUACGGCAACAUCACCCGGGAGGACGCGGAGGACUACCUGCGACAGGGGGGCAUGGGCGACGGCAUGUACCUGCUACGGCAGAGCCGGAGCUACUUAGGGGGCUACGCCCUGUCAGUGGCCUACAGACGGGAGUGUUACCACUAUACCAUAGAGAGGGAGCUCAACGAGACGUACGCCAUCGUUGGGGGGAAGAGCCACCGAACCCCCGUGGAUGUGAUUGACUACCACUCCCAGAAAUGCGAAGGGCUGGUGUGUCUGCUGAAGAUGCCCUACAACAGGCCCAAGGGCAUGCAGCCCAAGGUGGGGCCUUUUGAGGACCUCAAGGAGAAGCUGAUCAGAGAGUACGUGAAAAAGACCUGGAACCUGCAGGGUGCGGCCCUGGAGCAGGCCAUCAUUAGCCAGAGACCUCAGCUGGAGAAGCUGGUCGCCACCACCGCCCAUGAGAAGAUGCCCUGGUUCCAUCACACCAUCACACGUGAGGACUCUGAAUCACGGCUCCAGAUGGGCUCUCGCACCAAUGGCAAAUUUCUGAUCAGACAGCGGGACCUGAAUGGUUCCUACGCCCUGUGUCUCCUACAUGGGUCACAAGUCAUGCAUUAUCGCAUCGAUAAGGACAAGGCUGGCAAGCUCUCCAUUCCUGAUGGGAAGAAGUUUGACACACUGUGGCAGCUGGUGGAGCAUUACUCCUACAAGCCAGACGGGCUGCUCCGCGUACUGACUGACGCCUGUCCGCGACCUGAGGGAGAUCACUUUGGUGGUAUUGGACGAGCAGGCUAUAAUAAUCUAUUGGAGGCGGCAGGUGGAAUGCUCACCAGAAUCAAAUCCUACUCCAUACCCAUACCUGGUCGAAAAAAGGGCAGGGGUGCCUCUCACAGCAAAACCACAGAUAAUCUCAACCCUUAUGACACCAGGGCUCCAAAUAAUAUGGUCAGCAAAGAGUCCAUGCCAAUGGACACAGAGGUGUACGAGAGUCCUUACGCUGACCCAGACGAGCUGAGGACCUCCACUGUGGACCGCAAACAGCUCUUCCUGGAAGAUGGAGAGUUGGGCUCUGGGAACUUUGGGACUGUCAUGAAGGGCAUCUACAAAAUGAGGAAGACAGAGAAGCCGGUGGCAGUGAAGAUCCUGAAGAAUGACGACAACAACCCAGCAGUGAAGGAGGAGAUGCUGCGGGAAGCCAACGUCAUGCAGCAGCUGGACAACCCCUACAUCGUCCGCAUGAUCGGCAUUUGCGAGGCCGAGAGCCUCAUGCUGGUCAUGGAGCUGGCCGAACUGGGGCCGCUCCACAAGUACCUCCAGAGGCACAAACAGAUCUCCAUUAAGAACAUCACAGAGCUGGUGCACCAGGUUUCUAUGGGCAUGAAGUACCUGGAGGAGCACAACUUUGUGCACAGGGACCUUGCGGCCAGGAACGUGCUCCUGGUCACCCAGCACUAUGCCAAGAUCAGCGACUUUGGUCUGUCCAAGGCUCUCACAGAGGAGGAGAACUACUAUAAGGCAAAAGGCCAUGGGAAGUGGCCAGUGAAAUGGUACGCCCCAGAGUGUAUGAACUAUUUCAAGUUCUCCUGUAAGAGUGACGUGUGGAGCUUUGGGGUCCUGAUGUGGGAGGCGUACACGCUAGGGAUGAAACCAUACAAGGGCAUGAAAGGAAAUGAGGUGAUCCAGAUGAUCGAGAAUGGUGAGCGUAUGGACAUCCCCCCCAACUGUCCCGCGGAGAUGUAUGACCUCAUGAAGAAGUGCUGGACAUACAAUGCGGAUGAAAGGCCUGGAUUUGCGGUUGUUGAGCCCAGACUGAGGGAUUACUACUAUGACAUAUCGUCACAAUGAUCGGUCACCUCAAUCAGCAACCACUGAAGUGUAAAGAGCAUUGGACUCUGGACCUCAGGAGAUACUGCUACUGUGGGGUGCUAGUGUUUUGCUCUUGGCACCGGUGGCUUCUUGGGAGUUCCUCUCAUUAAAAAGUGUUAUUAAAACCGAGAAACCUGAUUAGUAUAGAUUUAAAGAUGGAACAUAUUGUAAAUUGAUUACAAAUAUCAGUUUUAAACAAUGGUGGAAAAUGAAGAAAAAUAUAUUUAAAACCACUUGAUUGAAACACACAAUAUUUUAGUCAUUUAGCAGAUGUUCGUAUCCAGAGCGACUUACAGUUGGUGCGUUCAUCUUGAGAUAGCUAGGUGGACAACCACACAUCGCAGUCAUAGUAAAUUCAUUUUUCCUCAAUAAAGUAGCUAUCAGCAAAGUCAGAGCUUGUAAGGGGGAAUAAGCUAUUGUGGGGGGUGGGAGGAGGGAUGUUGUGGGAUUAUUUAAGGUACUCUUUGAAGAGGUAGGGUUUUUGGGAAGUUGGGCAGGGACUCUUGCUGUCCUAGCUUCAGGGGAAGCUGGUUCCACAAUUUGGGUGCCAGGACAUAAAAGAGCUUUGAAGAUGUUUUUGUUCUGUUUAAUUGACUGGAAUUCUUUUUUUCUUCUCAAUCAAUAUUAAAUUUACAAUAAAACAAGGGGCCAGGUGAUUUUAUUUAUUUUAUCAUUACUUUUUUACUUCUCUUUAUUGACAUUUUAAAAUAUUUUUUAUUUCAUGAUUCUUCUGGAGUUAUGUAUCAAAAUGCUUCCACAUUAUCCUCAGGAUGUUAUGUUCUGUUUUCCUCAUACCUGGCACAUACUGUAUAAUCCAACGGGCGAAGAUAUAUCUGAUGUAAAUGAUUACAUUCUGGUUAAAUACAUUCACUGAUGAGAAUUGUAAUUAGUGCAACAACAAAAAAAAUGAAUCAAUACAAUUAUUUUAGACUGUCUCACUGUCUUUGAAUUGAUUUGACAAGAAAUAGAACCGAGGGAGAACAUUAAACAUCACCGACUGAACAAAAUAAAAAAGCACUGCUCUAUUAAUAUCAA